AUGGAAAAGUUUAAAGCUAUUAGAAGAAAGUUUGAGUAUCAAGGUAGAACUAUAUAUGAAUGGGAUCAAACACUUGAAGAAGUUAAUAUUUAUAUAGAGGUACCAGAGGGUGUAUCAUCAAAGAUGAUAGCUUGUCAGAUCACAUCAAAUAAACUUAUAUUAGGUAUUCGUGGUAACCCUCCAUUCAUAGAUGAGGAGUUUUUUAGUACAAUAAAACAAAAAGAUAGUUUUUGGACGUUGGAAGACGGUGUAAUCAAUAUAACACUACAAAAGAUGGAUAAAGGUGAAACUUGGUUUGCAGCACUGAAAGGACACGGCAAUCAGAUCAGUGGUGACUCGCAUCUCAACGAAGAGGUAAAGAAAUCAAUGAUGUUAGAGAGAUUCCAAGAGGAGAAUCCCGGUUUCGACUUUUCAUCUGCAGAGUUCAACGGUCAAGCACCUGACCCUAGAACAUUCAUGAAAGAUCUAAGGAAAUUCUAA